AUGGCAGGAUACACCGUCGCAGAAUACUACGACAUGAUGAUGGUCCUUGGAGAAUGUCAGGGGCUACCUUACGUAGCUUCAAGAAGAUAUGAAGAAUUAUAUCCGGAUAGGCCAAGACAUCCCUCGGGCAGCGUUAUACUUGCAACAGCUCAACGGUUUCACGAAACCGGUAGCGUGUUACCACAGAAGAAAGAUUGUGGCAGAAAUCGCAAUGCAAGAAAUUUGCAAAAUGUGGAGACAGUUCUUCGUGAUGUCGAACAGCAACCUGAUACUAGUAUUCGGGUUAUUGCUCGCGAACACGGAUUGUCUUACUCCACAGUUCAGCGAAUAUUAAAAGACGAAAAACUUCACGCUUAUCACUAUACUAGCGUGCAAGAUUUGCGAGAGGAAGACUAUCCUCGAAGAAGACCAUUUUGCGAAAAUUUCCUGAGGAGAGUAGAGGAUGAUCCGGAAUUUCCUUCUCGAGUGAUAUUCAGCGAUGAGUCGCUGUUCACUCGAGAUGGAAUUUUCAAUUGUCACAACAUGCACGCAUGGAAUGACGAUAAUCCUCACGUUAGUCGACUCAGGAAUUUUCAAGUUAGAUGGAAAUUUAAUGUUUGGGCCGGAAUCUUCGGCACCACGAUAUUGGGUCCGGUAAUUCUUCCGAACAUCUUAAAUGGCGUAUCGUACGUCGAAUUUUUAUCGGAAAAUCUUCCCGAUUUUUUGGAAGAUGUGCCAUUAGCAGACAGAAACAAAAUAAUAUUCCAGCAAGAUGGUGCCGGACCACAUAAUGCCCGAGUGGUCACAAAUUUUUUAAACGAACAAUUUCCUGACAGAUGGAUGGGUCGUUAUGGACCAAUACGCUGGCCCGCUAGAUCUCCGGAUCUUAAUUCAUUAGAUUUCUUUUUAUGGGGACAUUGCAAAGAAAUCAUUUACAGGAAGCUUCCUGAAAACGUAGAAGAGUUAAACAACAAACUCCAUCAUGCAAUUUGGAAUAAUGAAGAAGAUGUUUUGGAAAGGAUGCAAGAAAAUCUGUUAAGACGCAUGAGAGCCUGCAUCACGAUGGACGGUGGUCACUUUGAGCACUUGUUAUGA